AUGGCUUCAUCAGGGACAUCUGAAACAACAAGUAAAGUUCUACGACCAGUCAAGGACAGCUUCUUCACGCUCACCUUCUCCGAGCUCUUCAAGAUGUCUAUGCUGGAGGUCUUGCAACAAAACGAUGUCCCGGACUUUUGGGACAUAAACGCAUCAACCUGGCCGUGCCGACGUAUGGAUACCGACUCCCUCCGUGUCAGGAAUGAGGGUCAGAGAAUCCGCCCAUUGCCCGACUUCGUCUACCCACCAAACGGGGACUUCCGCUCGAACGUGACGGCCUCCCAGAACAUGGGGCUGAUCAACAUGUCCAAGAACACGAUGGCAAGGCACAUUCUCGGUUCCGUCCUCAUGAAUUCGACCGUCAUGUCGAGGUCCCUGUACAGCCCAAGGCUCUGCAACGCCAUCCUUCAGUCGCUGGACGUCCCCUCAGACAUGCAGAUCGAGUUCCUGAAGGCACUGGACGGGCUGGAGAACCCGCUCUGCAGCACCGUGAGGGGGGGCAACGCGAUUCUGGGCAACAACAACGCCAAGGCCAUCAAUGAGACGGUCCUCCAGUACAUGAACGAGGUCCUCAACUACGUGGAGAGCUCCUCCAGGGAGAUGAAGACCCUGUACCUCCAAGUCCCGCUGCUGCCGGCCUUCAAGCAGGCCCUCUACACCACCUGGACGAGGCGAUGGGGACUGUCCUGCAGAAUUCUCGGAACGGCGUGCGACCCCUUCCCCGUCAACUCCAUGGUCAACAUGGACGACAUCAACAGCGUCAUCAACGGCUCGGACAUCAACAAGUACAGCCUCAAGGCCCCGUUGAACUCGGCCUACGUGAACUCCGUGCUCUCCUCCUUCACCACAGUGGGAACAACGCAAACAACAUGA